UGCAUGGUGGAAGUGCAGAAGGACCCUCUGGAGCCUCCCCGCUUCAAAAGGAACAAGAUUCCACGGGGACCACCUUCUCCUCCUGUGCCUAGAAUGCACUCUCCUACUAGAAAGGGAACUGUGAAAGAGCAACAAGAGUGGAAGAUUCCUCCGUGCCUGUCGAACUGGGAAAACACAAAGGGUUACACUGUGGCACUAGACAAGCGUCUGGCUGCCGGGGGCAGAGGACUGCAGGCUGUUCAUAUCAAUGAAAACUUUGCCCAGCUUGCUGAGGCUCUCUACAUAGCUGACAGAAAAGCUCGGGAGGCAGUAGAGAUGCGUGCCCAGCUGGAGAGGAAGAUGGCCCAGAAAGAAAAGGAAAAGCACGAGGCAAAGCUGCGAGCAAUGGCUCAGAAAGCCAGGGAGAGCAGAGCAGGGCUCCAAAGCCAUGCUGGAAAAGAGGCUGCAGAAGCCAGAGCCAGAGAUGAAGCUCGACACGAGCGGCACCAAGAGAGGCAGCGUGACAGAAAUCUUUCCAGGGCAGCCCCCGGGAAAAGGUCAAAGCUGCGAGGAAAUGAGACCAGAGACAUCAGUGAAGUGAUUGCCCCAGGGGUACCCAAGCCCAGCACAUGCAAAGAAAACCUGUACGACCAGAGGCUGUUCAACCAAAGCAAGGGGAUGGAGAGUGGCUUUGCAGGAGGAGAGGAUGCCAUUUCUAAUGUUUAUGACCAACCCUGGAGAAGUGGCAAGGCUAUGCCCCAAAGCAUCGCCAGACCAACAGAAAACCUGGAGAAGGACAUGGAUGGGCAUUAUCUAGAGGCUCAAAUGAAGACCAAGAGGGUUGCUGUGACCGUUUGAGGCUUUGUUCCUCAGAGAGAGUUGUCUCACUCAGAUAUGAGAGGGAAGGGCAGAGAUGGCCCAGUUCAGUUUGAAGAGGAUCCCUUUGGUUUGGACAAGUUCCUGAAAGAAGCUAAGCAACGUGGUGCUUCUAAACGCCCAUCAGAAUGCAGCUGUCCAAAAGAGCAUGGGAGCAAAAGGAGCAGGAAGGACUGA